AGAGCAACUCAGUUAUCUUCUGAAGAAUUAUAACUCUUACUAUUCAGAUCAAGAGAAUCUGCAACUGACAUAUAAUCAGCAGGAAGGAAGCACCCCCUUCAUUGAAGGAAUCCUCUCGAUAUUCUGGGGUGUGCGGCAUCCUAUCAGAUUAAAGAUUCAGGAUGAGAAGCAGAUACCCUCUUUUGUAACCCUGAAGUCAACAGAGAAUGUGGGCUUUUUCCCCGGUAAAAGGGGAAUGACUCGCUGGGGAGAGUUUGCUGACCUCCAUCACAUCAGCGGGGAUACACUGAAAUCUACUGAGGAGCAGGCAGACCUCGAGCAAAGUUAUCCACGCUAUGAAAGUCACACUCUCAGGUCCAGGAGGGAGCAGGAGCUCGACUGUGCCACCCUGCCCCGCAGCAGCAGCGAUGCCGCGGCCGUGCGCAGGAGGACCAAGCUCCCCACCAUCACCAGGACAGAAGUAGAAACUCACAGGUUCUCUAUCAAUGGCCACUUCUACAACCACGAGACAUCAGUUUACCCGGCUUUUGGGUCAGAAACCAAAAUAAGAAUCAACAGCCAGAUGAGGAGCAGACAAGUGAUAGAGCAGUUGCUUCGGAAGUUUAAGAUAGAAAACAGCCCCCAUGAAUUUGCACUUUACAUUAUCCAUGCAUCUGGAGAAAAGAAGCAGCUGAGGAGUAGAGAUGUUCCCUUGCUGCACAGGCUGCU